AUGUUGGAAUACCAAAAUGUCAUUGGAGGACGGCUGCAGCUGAAGGGUAAAGCGUUGAAUGUGAAGGAUGGUGGAGUAAAGAAAAAGAAGAAGUACCAGCGUGAGGAGUCGUCUCAGACUGAAUUUGAUAAGAAUGGAGACGAAAGGAACCCACAUUCUGACUAUGACCAUCUCACACCAGCAGAGCGCCGCUACAUGGAACAGAAGCAGAAGAUCGACAUGAAGAAGAUGGCCAAAGUCGCAAACAAGUCGUACAAGGACCGCAUGCAGGACUUCAACCAGUACCUGGCUAACCUCAGCGAGCACUAUGACAUCCCCAAAGUUGGUCCUGGCUAA